AUGAGCUACUCUCGCUUUACACAGUACGUUCAUUACAUUUACCCUGGCGUGAGACUUACGAGAACCGCUGAGGAUCUUCGUGACUGCUGUGUUCACCUCGAUAUUUUAUAUCAACAACCCGAUCUACCGGAGGAUGAGAAACAAGCAAUUUUACUCGAGAAAAAAACACACAUCGACGAAGCCAUCGUCCAGCGCCGAUUUAUUUCUUCCUUUAUCAAAGGAUACAUCACUUUACAUGCACCUGACCACAUGGAUUAUGGUGGAGGAAUUUCGAUGCCGUACUACGGCCAUUCCCGUCCGUCUGCAGACUAUUUCAACAGCAAUUUGAUGAUUCAAAACUUUGUCGUUGCGGACAUAACCCACGGAAUCAACAACGUGUAUUUCUAUGAUGAACGUGGCCAAGACAAAAAUGCAGAUGCAUUCUGCAGUCUCCGUCUUUUGUACCAUUUAAAAACUAUUCAACGCAAUGCAUGCAAUGGAGUUCCUGCAGCUGAAGUGAGUUUCAGUUUGCUGGGCUACUGCGUUGGUCAAAACAAAUCCAAAGUGGUGAUGAUUAUUGUGCUUCCUACUACCUGGUCACUCGCAUAA